AUGAGAAUUGAAACUUGUUAUUUCUGCUCGCAACCGUGCUACCCCUCCAAAGGUAUCACGUUUGUGAGGAAUGAUGCGCGCGCGUUCAGAUUCUGUCGGAGCAAAUGUCACAAAAAUUUCAAAAUGAAGCGAAAUCCACGAAAGCUGAAAUGGACUAAAGCUUUCCGGAAAACAGCAGGCAAGGAAAUGGUCGUCGAUUCUACAUUAAGUUUCGCUGCGCGCCGUAACAUUCCAGUCCGAUACAAUCGGGAUCUGUUGGCAAAGACACUCAAUGCGAUGUCUCGUGUGAGCGAGAUACGACAGAAACGAGAACGCGUCUUCUACAAGAAGCGCAUGGCUGGCAAUAGGGAACGACAAAUGGCCCUGAAUCGGAAACUCGUGGCUGAGAAUCAGCACCUCCUACCGCGGAUGCGUGCGAGUGAGCGAAAAGCCAGAGAAGCACAAGGAAUCGAGGAUGAUGAGGUUGUUGAACGCGUGAAAUCUGGUGUUUUUGGAAAGAUCAAGCAGCGAAAGAAUGUGCUGUUGGUAGAUGGUGAUUCUCAGCCAGAUGAGAUGGAAGUUGACUAA